AUGGAUCUUAGAAAUGAAGAUGUUGAAGAAUUAUGUAUUCCCAUGGAAUUUCUGGCAAGAUUAUACCAGCCUUCGUCACGGAGACCUGUGGCCUUUUCACCAAGUGCCGAGAUGGGACUUACAGAUAUAGAAAUGUCCCAUAAUAUGGAUUAUGAUGACCCAUAUUUUGAUGAUAGAAAUUACGAAAUGGAAUAUGAGGAAAUUAUUUUAACAAGGACAUCAUCAGAAGAAAAAUUAGGAUUAACUUUAUGUUAUGGUUCUUUAGAAGAUGAAAUUACAGAUAUAUUUAUUAGUGAGGUUGAUCAAUGUAGUAUAGCUGGUAAUGAUGGUAGAAUACGAGAAGGCGAUCAGUUAUUACAGAUUAAUAAUGUUGAUGUUCACUGUCGAGAUCAAGCUAUUAAAUUAUUUGCUGAACAAGGUUCUGAUAUAUCAUUAAUAGUAGCACGACCUCACUUACAGUGUGAAGAUGCCUUCAUGGAGAAUAUGGUAUUGGAUGAUUUACAUAUGGAUUUAUUAGAAAAACAACAUCAUGAUAAUAUGCAGUUUAUGGCAUCCAUGUUAGUCAGGCGCAAUCUUGAUGAAGAAGGUGGUACCACUGAUACUGCUACUACAGAGAACUCUUCUAACAAACAAGAUAAAGAUAGUGGUGUUGGACGUACAGAUGAUAGUAUGAAAAAUGAUGAGAGUUCUGAACAGGAAACUUUUGAUGCUGACUGUGUCACACCACCAACUAAAAUGAAAUUUCGAAAUGUUGUUGGUGAACAUCACCAUAGUAAUGAAAGUUUUACAUCCAAUGAUCCUGAAUAUGUAAAUAAUGAAAUAUCUGCUGAAGCUUGCGAUAAAUUUCGUCAGGUUCUGGAGAAUAGGUGUGGUAGCAGUAGUUCUGAAAAUUCACCAAGAAAACAGUGCUUACGGAAAGAUUCCGAGAGUAGUCUUGAGCGUGAAUUAUCUAUGUUAAAUCAAGAAAUGGAAGAGAUUCAGUUUGAAUGUCAGGAGAUUGUUCAUGCACAUCUGAAAGAACAAACUAAAUUCAUAAAACAAGACACUCAGAAAUCACCGCGUAUUGUACCUAGAAUGGGUACUCGUUUAGAUUACAUGAAACAGAUGCAGGCUAUGGACUUGUCUGAUUUCUGGAUUCGUCGUGGGGAGUUAUCAAAUAUGAGAAUGGGACAACAAAUAAAUCGUCCGAUGACUGACAAGGAAAAAGACACAUCGACAACUAGUGCUUAUAAUACUGCUGAAAGUUGUCGUAGUACACCGCUUACCCUGGAAUUGAAUCAAGCUAGUGAUGAAGGAGAAAAGGGAUUUAAAAAUUCUAUGUUGUGUUUAGCUGUGAAUGUUCCUUCAUCAAGUGAUACUGAAAAACAAACUCAAACUCCAACUAAACCACGUGAUUACUCUAGUGAUGAUAGUGGACAUGGUCUGGGAACCCUUCCUAAUCCUAAAGUAUGUGUUAAAGACAGUAAGAUGCCAGAGAAGGUGUCUAUGGGCGAAUCAUUACAAGAUUUAUACAUGCAGUAUGCUGAUGUCAU